CAGACAUGGACGAUAAGUGCAAGAGCCAUUUCGUGGUACCUGCUGGUACGUCAGUGCUAGGAGUACGCCUCCACAGGAGUUGCUGCAGUUCGAUAACGCUAUUCAUUGGCUCGAUCUGUCUUCGAAUGCCACCCAUAUAGAAGACUAGGUCCUUCAUAACAGUGGAAGAAGAUUCCGGUUACCAUGGCUUGCCAGUCGGAAGUGUUCAUGAUGUCAGGGCACCAUCAUCAGCCCGACAGGCAAAAAAGGAUGAAAAGUCGCUUCGACAUGCGGGUUAUCUUCAAGGGUGUUUCCGCUGGUAUUCGUUGCUUCUGUCCAUUUAUUACCUCAGUUGUGGGAAGAUCUGUGAGGCCAGAUGUUUCGGAACACUCUUCUGUCUACGUCGGAUACAGUAUUGCUCUUUGAUGCGGGCAAGGGUCAAACACAAGGAAGUAGACCGUCCCAGGAGGAUCGCUGCACGUUCGUCCUGCCAGAUCAGUUCCCUGCGAAGACUGAAGACAAGAUUGCCUUUUUUGCAAUCUACGAUGGACAUGGAACAGACCUUGUUUCGGACCACGCCAGCCGAAAUCUACAUAUAAUCAUCGCCAAACGCCCGGAGUUUGCCGCGGGUGAUUACGAGGGCGCAAUUAAAGGCGCUUUGGGAAAUGAGGAUGCGAUUCUGCUCGACAGCCUGAAGGAGAGCUUCGAGGCCACGGAAGCUGGCUCUACGGUAGCUAUAUGUCUGCUCAAUUUGACAAAGGGCGAUUUGGUAGUCGCGAAUCUAGGAGAUUCGCAUAUCAUUUUGGCUGAGCGUCACCCUGAAUCCGGGCAACCGUACCGUACUCAACGACUCUCGAAAUCCCACAAGCCCGAUGCCCCCGAUGAAAAAUCCCGGAUUGAAGGUGCUGGAGGCCUUGUCAAUAAAAGCACUGGAUCUGCCCGUGUAGGUGGCCUGAAUAUGUCACGGGCAUUGGGCGACUUACAAUACAAGAAUCCAAUCAACAAACUGGACAAUGAUCAAGCGCUCCCCAAGACACGAAGGGCGUCCGCUGUGGCGCCUGAUGCACGCGGCAACUUUCUCUCAAAUGAACCUCACUUGGUACGAAUGAAACUCCAGACAGAUCGUCGCUACAUGCUGGUCCUUGUGUCAGAUGGCAUCAGUGAUAUAUCCAAUGAUACUGCCCUGAUCCAGUUGGUGAUGAGGCUGUCCAUGCGUGGAACUCGGGCGGGAGAUAUCGCACAGGAGAUCACUAAUAGUGCAGCAGCACACUCACACAGUGACAAUUCAUCGUGUAUUGUGGUCUUGCUGGAUGGACAGAAUUCAUGAAAAAAAAAAAUACUGCCUGCUGUCCGGGCCUUGUACCUAUUAUAACCGUAUACAUAGAACUGUCUUGAGGAACGAAGAACAUGAGAGUAUGCCAUCAUCAACUGUCUUAGACAGUCAUGUCUUGGUGCCUGGGCCAUGUGACAAAG